AUGACAGAUGUGACCAAAGAUAUUGAUAACUUGGCUGAUGCCCUUCUUACGAUGGAGAUAUCACCCGAAAUCAAUGAUUUGAUGGAAAAACUAGCCCUAAAUUUAACUUCAUCGAACAACCUUCCGGUAGACGUCAAACAUCUAUUGACUUCAAUAAAAACCUAUCUUACACAGUCAUCAAGUGAGAUGUUAGACUAUAAUUUACUUUUGGAAGUGUUGGAUGCAGUUGUGGGCUUGUGUCCGUUUGAGGAUGUACUCAAAGUUUUUUCAGUAGAUGACCUUAUCACUGCCCUCAAAAGUGGUGACAAGGCUUUAACUGAGACGGUUUGCCAAGUAAUUGCGGCUGCUUCUCCAAGAGAUAUUUUUGCAGGCACACCUUUGCUAGAUGAAAUGCUUAAAUUGUACUUCUGCGAAUCUACUGUUGUUGCUAUUGUUAAUGCGCUUGAGAAGACGCUUGGCAUCUUAGUUACGAACCAAUUAAACAGAAGAAGAAUCUUAGAAAAUAACUUACCGGUAUUAAUAAGUGUUAAAGACUGUAAAAACUCUACUACUUUUUGUAGGUUUCUUGAUUUGAUCAAGAUACUCUCUGCAAGUGUCACUUUUGAAGAGUUUAGAAAAGAUAUCUUCAUUAUCGACAACAUGGUGACCAACAAGAUGAUGGAAAAUGAUAUACUUGUUUUCAUUCACAUAUGCCAAUAUUAUAUUGAGCUUCUAACUAUUUCCUUGACAGAAGACGGAAAAGAAUGGGUAAUACGGUAUGUAAAGCCCAGUUUUGAAAUAUUUGGAGAAGCUUUCUCUAGAAGGGAAGAAUUGUUUGAUGUUGGUCAUUUUGCAAAAUCGUAUUUGCUAACCCUUUUCUCUAAAAUCUCUUACCUAGAUGACAAAUCAUAUAUUCAGCUGCUCGAAGCGCAGUUCUUCCCAUUAUAUCCUGACAAACAAUACCUGGACGAAUUUUUGACGGUUCUUGAUCCUAGUUACAUUGCAAAGGUUCAUUUGGACUUGUUAAAAGAAAAAGCAUUACGUGCGGGGAAUGUUCAUAUGUUUGUGAAUCUAAUAAAAGAUGAAGACUGCUUUGUGCAAUUAAAAGACGAAAUAAAUUCUAAAACCUUGAACGAUAUGCCAUACAUAGAGAAAAUGCUUUUGUUAGACGGUCUGACUUUAACUUCAUAUGGUAUUCAACACUUGACUAGAAACAUGCCAUCAGUUAUGAACAGUAUAAUCGAUAGUGGAAAUCAGGUUACCGAAAAAUUGUCGUUUGACUUAAGACUGAGGGUCUUCGAGAACCUUUUGGAAGCCAACCCGCAGGAGUUGUCCGUGUGGUUGAUUCCGUUGCAAUCUGAAUAUGCUAAUAUUCUAAACGGUCGUCGCGGUCGUUUCUCCUCAGGACAACUUGCUGAUGAUUAUCUAUAA